UAAGUGUUCCACCUUCGCAUUUGCCUGCGGUUCCGUUUAUAACCCUCUUUGUUGCCACACUAUUCAAAAUGUCCGGAUUCGCCAAGCGGUACAGUUUCAGGAGCGGGAAGGUUCACGACGAGUCCUGUAAGUUCUACAACGGCGCCCCGCUCGCCAUCGCGGCGUGCUGCAUUCUCAUCUGUCUCGGGAUCGGGCUGAUCAUCGGAUUUGAGACAGACAGGGGUGGAGGACAGGUCAGGCCGUGGCAACAGGUCCGACUUCCGGAGUCGCUGUUACCCAUUCACUAUGACGUAGAACUGCGUGUUGACGUGACGGCGUUCACCGUGGUGGGACAGGUGAACGUCACGCUCAGGUGUGCCACGCCCACCAGGUACGUCAUCCUACACUCCGCUGAGCUGGACAUCGUCGAUGGGGACGCUGCGCCAGGUAUUCGGGGCGAAGGCGAUGUCGUCACCACCUUGAGAGUUACCUCCUGGUUUCUCUAUACAGAAAACCAGUACCUGGUUCUGGAGCUAGAUUCGGAACUAACAAAGGGCGCCGUCUAUACCGUCAGCCUCAACUUCAGAGGGACGCUGAGAGACGGACUGGUCGGGUUCUACCGGUCUUCGUAUGUCAACAAGGACGGACAAACAAGAUAUCUGGCCACGACCCACAUGCAGCCGAUGGGAGCCCGGCUGGCGUUUCCGUGUUUUGACGAGCCCGCUUUCAAGGCCACGUUCACGGUGACCCUGGUACACCGGGCCGGGUACACGGCCCUCGCCAACAUGCCGCUGGAAAACAACGUGACCAGAAACGAUGGCUGGAUCGCGGACCGGUUCCAGAGGUCCGUCCGUAUGUCGACCUACCUGCUGGCGUUUGUGGUGUCUGACUUCACGUCUGUCAGUACAGUCUCGUCAUCAGGGUUACAGACCAGAUUGUGGGCCCGCCCGCAGUACAUUUCUGCGGGGAUGGGGGACUACGCCCUGGACGUCGCUGACAAGAUCGUGGCGUACUACGAGGAGUACUUUGACGUCCCCUUUCCUCUUCCAAAGAUGGAUCACAUUUCUAUCCCGGACUUUGCCAUGGGUGCCAUGGAGAACUGGGGCCUGAUCACAUAUACCGAGAAUCUGCUUCUGUACGACACAAGAAGCCCGUCUGCGUCAAAGAAGAGGGACACUGCACGGGCAGUAGCACAUGAGCUGGCCCACCAGUGGUUUGGUAACUUAGUGACCAUGGAAUGGUGGGACGGCACGUGGUUAAACGAAGGCUUUGCCAGCUAUGUGGAAUAUCUUGGGUACGGCUACGUGGAACCGGACCUUAACGUGAUGGAGCAGUUUGCCUACUCCAGGACUCAGGGUGUCAUGAAGGACGACUCUCUGACGUCAUCACAUCCGAUCUUCCAACCAGUCAUCCACCCCAACGAGACUAGAGCGAUCUUUGACAGUAUCACUUAUAGCAAGGGAGCAUCUAUCCUGAGAAUGCUGGGCAACUUUCUUGGGGAAAGCACCUUCAGAAAGGGCCUAAAGGCCUACUUGGAAAGAAACGCUUACAGCAACGCGGUACAGGACGAGCUGUGGGAAGAAUUAACUCUGGCGGCCAGAGCGGACGGACAGACUGACCUGGACGUGAAGACUGUGAUGGACACCUGGACACUACAGAUGGGAUAUCCCGUGGUCAGCCUGACCAGAGACUACGGGCGUGGCACAGCUCAGGCCACUCAGCAAUACUUUCUACUGGACCCGACGGCCAGUACCAGUGCACCGUCUGACUUUGGGUACAGGUGGCACAUACCACUAACGUUCAUCACCAGAGGGAACUCAUUUGAUCAGCCGGAGCAGGUCUGGAUGCGGCCGGAUCAAGAUACCAGUUCAGUCAACUUGCAAGGUGCCGGCAGCGAUGACUGGGUACUGGCUAACAUCCAUCGAGUCGGGUACUACAGAGUCAACUACGACCAGACCAACUGGCAACUGCUUAUCGACCAUCUCAACAGCGACCUCUAUGAAGACAUACCACCGGAUAACAGAGGAACUCUGGUCGACGACGCGUUCAACCUUGGCCGUGCUGGACAACUGGACCUGUCCACGGCACUGGACUUGACGAGGUACUUGGUGCGAGAGCGACACUUCAUUCCGUGGAGCAUGGCCAAGGCAGCCAUGGACUAUGUGGUAACUGUCUUUGGCUCUGUCAGAGACAUAUACGACAACUGGCAGGCCCACAUGGUGCAACUGAUAGGUCCUUUUUACAACGAGGUUGGAUGGACUCCUCAACAGAGCGAUUAUAACACCGAGGCUGGGCAAGUCCUGGCUAUAUCAACCGCCUGUACUUACGGACAGACGGGCUGUGUUAACAACGCCACAGCGCUGUUCCGGCAGUGGAUGGACACAAACAACAACAGCCACAUUCCGGAGACCUUCAAGUCCACGAUAUACUGCACUGCCAUACGGUACGGGGGCAGUCGGGAGUGGGACUUCGCCUGGCAGCGGUACCUGGAAGCCGAGCCGUCGGAGCAGAGCCUUCUCCUGUCCGCCAUGGCCUGUAGCCGUGAUACGGUCAUCCUCAGCAGGUAUCUUGAAAGAAGUACAGACGCCGCCCUCGUCCGCAGGCAGUCGGCUCCUGACGUCAUCAGCUACGUAGGAGGGAGUGACGUAGGCAAGUCUCUGGCCUGGAACUUCCUGGUCGACAACUGGGACUUCUACGUGGAGAACUACGAUGAAACUCAGUUUACCAUGGCUAGCAUUGUCUUAUCCGUCACCAAGCAAUUCAGUACUCAAGAGGACCUUGACAAUCUUGAACAGUUUCUGACAAAACAUCCGAAUCAGGGAACAGCGACUCGAGCCUUUUCUCAUGCAGUGGACUCCACCCGUGCGAACCUGAGGUUCCGCCAGGACAACGAGAGCAAGAUCCGCGCCUGGCUAGAGAGGCUGGCUUGAGGAAAUUAGUUUAAAGAACACAACAAGUAAAUUUUAUGGAUGGCAUCCUCCGCAGACACCAAAUCUAACGUGAUAGGGCGAAAAAAGGCGUGCAAAAAAGCAAGAUUUAUAUAUUUUCAGAAUUUUGAGAUCAUAAACCUUGUUAAUGAUUUUUUUUUUAUUCAGCGGCAACUUACUUACUUACUUAGUUCGAGAUCUCGCUCGAACCAAUCCAGAAUGUCUCCUCCACAACACUUGGUCUUCCAUGGCCCUUCGCAAUUCAGUAGAUACUUUGAAUGCUAUCGAAGCCUUUACGGAAGUCUACAAAUAUAGUCAGCGGCAACAUCACAUAUAAAGGAAUGAAAUAUGCACAUCUCUCUUCACAUUGGUCUGUCAUCCAAGUUCCAGCAUGGUAUAACAGACAUAUUUGUCCAUUUUCGAAAUGUUGACCACUGUCAAAGGGUAACAUUUUUUUUCCAAAAUCAGGCGAAGACUAAUGCGCGCUGAUGUCAUCCAUUAAAUUACUUGCUGUGGCCUUACUUAAGUUCAUAAGCUGUGUAAGACGUUUUGUUGCUUUAUUUUACUAGUAGUUGCUAUGUGGUCAUUUCUUUUACAUAACCUUAAAGUGCAUCAUCUUGUACUUGACAGCUUAAGCUUGUUGCCAAAUAUCUCCGCUCUCAGCACUGAAUAUAGUCUUAAAUAAUGCCCGCUUUGACCCAGUGUGAUAAAGCUAUGGCAGAGGGUUGAGGUAAACAUUACUAAACAAACAAUAGGUAACUCUUCAACGCCCUACCUGCGUGGCCUUUGUGGCUUUCUUCUUAUGUAGAAUCUGUGAUGUGUUGAAACAGCACUGACAAUCAUGUUGUCAUGUCGUCAUGUUGCAUCAGUUUGCAGAAAAUAAUGACAUGAAAGGUUAUCAUACCUGCAAGUAAUAUGUCGUACAGACUUUGGUGUGUU